GAGCGCGCGCAGAGCGGCCGGUAGCAGCGCAGGCAGAGAUGUGGAGGCAGCUCCUGGAAGACGGCAGGUCGGCCUUCAAUGACCGUUGGCCGCACAGCGUCCUCGUCCCGGUGGCCGUCGGGGUUGGAGGCGCGAUGGUCGGCUGGAUGUUCUGUCGGCGGAAGGCGAAGACCAUCGAGAUGGGCGAUGGAUGGUGGGGAUCGGGUCUCAGACCUCAUCAGCAGAGCGAGGACUCCGGCGUGAGACCGUUCACGGUAGAAGUUUCCGAUGCCGAUAUUCAGGAUCUCCAUAGCCGUUUGGACCGGACGCGCUUCUUCUCCCCUCUGGAGCAUUCGCAUUUCCACUACGGAUUAAACGCUUCCCACCUUCAGAAGAUCGUCUCCUACUGGAGGAAGAGCUUCGACUGGCGGAGGCAGGUGGAGCGCAUCAAUAGAUACCCCCACUACAAGGUGACCAUAGAAGGACUGGAGGUGCACUUUAUCCACGUGAAACCCCCAAAUCUUGCCCCCGGUCAGAAGGCCCGCCCCCUGCUCAUGGUCCACGGUUGGCCUGGAUCCUUUUAUGAGUUUUACCGAAUCCUCCCGCUUCUGACCGAGCCGGCCAAGCAUGGUCUGAACCCCGACCUGGUCUUCGAGGUCAUCUGUCCGUCCAUCCCGGGUUAUGGCUUCUCGGAGGCGCCGCACAAGAAAGGGUUCAAUGCCGUGGCCGCUGCUAGAAUUUUCUACAAACUGAUGACCAAACUGGGGUUCCAAGAAUUUUAUCUUCAGGGUGGAGACUGGGGCAGCAUAAUUACCACCAUCCUCUCCCAGAUGAAACCAGAGUCUGUGAAGGGUCUUCACCUGAAUAUGGUGUUUGAUCCCCUGGGAGGCCUGAGGACGUUCCUAAUCCUGUUCCUGGGACGUUACGUGCCGUGGCUGGUGGGCCUGACGCGGGAGGACGUCGAGCGCCUGUAUCCGUUUUUCGAGAAGAAUGUGUACAUGGUGAUGCGAGAGUCGGGGUAUCUCCACAUUCAGGCCACCAAGCCGGACACCGUGGGCUCUGCUUUGAACGAUUCCCCCGCCGGACUUGCUGCCUACAUCCUGGAGAAGUUCUCCACCUGGACCGACCCCGAGUUCCGCCAUUUAGAGGAUGGAGGCCUCGACAGAAAAUAUUCUAUGGAUGAUCUUCUCACCAACGUGAUGAUCUACUGGCUGACCGGAUCCAUCACCUCGUCCAUGAGAUUCUACAAGGAGAAUUUUACCCGGAACUUUCUGAACUCUCCGGAAUCGCGGACUGCCGUGUACGUCCCCACCGGCAUCGCGGCCUUCCCCUGCGAACUCACUCACAUCCCCCGGGUUUUGGCAAAGCAGAAGUUUAAGAACAUCGUCACCUACACCCAUAUGCCACGAGGGGGGCAUUUCCCGGCCAUGGAGGAGCCGGAACUUCUCGCUCAAGACAUCCAGAACUUUGUGUCCCGGGUGGAAAAUAAAUGAGACGCCGCCGAUAUUCACCGAUAAAACGUACGGCGCGUGCAUCGGGAGAGAGAUCGCUCCAAAAAAUGUCAUUU